AUUAAUGAAAGAAUGUUGCGUAGAUGGCUUUCAAAAAAAUAUCCAAAAAUCAUUGAAAAAGUCGUCGAAGAACUGCCGACUGACGUCCAUGGAGUUGAAAUUCCUCUUGACAUUUCAAAACCGAAUCCUAAUAACGUAGAAUAUGAUAAUCUUUAUCUGGACAUGAACG